AUGGAUGACAAUAAUUUUGAAAGUCAAUACAAAGGUUUUAAAGUGUUGAGAUUAUUGCCCAAUACUGUGGAUCAGUUGCAAUACUUAUCCGACAUAUCCACCGAUCUAUCAUUAGUGAUACCAAAUAAAAAGAUCGACUUUUGGACCCAACCUAAAGAUGUCAAUUCAAGUGUCGACGUUAUGGUAUCGCCAGAUAUUUAUAUAGAUAUUUUUGAACAGGAAAAGAGAACAAAUGAUGACCAACUCAUGGGCUACCGAACCAAAUCAUGGGCUCAAAACUCCAGUUCCUUUUUCGAGGCCUACCAUUCCAUUACUGAAAUUUACCAAUUUCUUGAAGAUCUGCAUAGUAUUGAUACAGAAUUGAGUUCAAUUGAAACAAUUGGUACGACAACUGAGAAUAGACCGAUGAAAUUAUUCAAAAUUGGUACCAAAAGUAAAGACAACUCGCAAAAGCCUAUUAUAUGGAUAGACGCCGGCAUUCACGCCCGAGAAUGGAUCGCACCGUCAACUGCUCUCUAUAUCGCUCAUAAGUUGAUCACAUCAAGUGAUAGUGAUGUCAAACAUAUGCUGGAUGUCUAUGACUAUUAUAUAAUGCCCAGUGCUAAUCCUGAUGGAUAUGAAUACUCGAGAUUAUCGGACAGAAUGUGGCGAAAGACGAGAUCACAUAAUCCGUCGUUUUGGGGGCUAUUUUGUCGCGGAGUUGAUCCAAACAGAAAUUAUGGCUAUCAUUGGGGAAGUGCUGGAAGUAGUUCUUAUCCGUGCUCUGAGACCUAUCACGGAAAGGCUCCCUUCUCUGAACCGGAAACUAAAGCCAUAUCUGAUUAUAUAUUGACUAAAAAAGAUAACAUCAAAAUGUAUAUAGCAAUGCAUUCCUAUUCCCAGUUCAUAUUAACACCCUGGGGCUGGACAUCAGAACUACCGAAACAAUACAAUGAUAUGGUUUCAAUGGGACAAAAAGCUGCACAAACAUUACAGCAAAGAUAUGGCACCCACUAUAAGGUGGGCUCCAGUACUAGAAUAUUAUAUGCAGCCUCCGGUGGCGCCGAUGACUGGGCUCAUGGAACUGCAAACAUCAAAUACAGCUAUACAUUUGAAUUAAGAGAUACUGGUGUUUAUGGUUUCAUACUUCCGGUCAGAUAUAUCAUACCGACCGGUGAAGAGACGUUUGACGCAAUCAAAACUAUGAGUUAUGAAAUUAAAGACGAAUACAAACUAAAAGCAAUUAAUACAUAA